AUGGACGAGGUGGUGGCAGCGGUUGCUCAGGGCCCCCCGAUUUUACCACCAACGCCCGCCGGACUCGAAUCUUUAUAUAGUUUAUGUCGAAAAAUUUAUCCCGAUCAAGUUAAUCCUUUACAAGUUACAGCUUUAUUAAAAUUUUGGUUAGGUGGUCCAGAUCCUUUAGAUUAUAUUUCGAUGUAUGCAAAUCCAGGGGUUCCACACGAAAACAUCCCCCCACACUGGCAUUACAUUAGUUUUGGUUUGUCCGAUCUUCACGGAGAUGGAAGAGUUCACGAUGUUUCAUGCCCGGAAGGAAUUUCAGGUUUUGGGUUUGAAUUAACGUUUCGUUUGAAACGAGAAGCUGGUGAAACGGCCCCACCUACAUGGCCGGCUACUUUAAUGCAAUCUUUAGCUAAAUACGUCUUUCAAUCAGGUAAUACAUUAUGUCCGGGCGAUCACGUUUCAUGGCAUUGUGCGUUAGAUAACAGCGAAUCUAGAAUACAACAUAUGUUAAUGACCACUGAUCCGCAAUUACGAUCCACAAAGACACCUUUCGGAAAUGUUGAGUUUGUGCAAAUCGUUGGGGUUUGUGCCGAUGAAAUGAGAGCAGCUCAACAAUGGAAUGGGGCCGGGAUUUUAGACAUGAUUGGGAAAAUUACUGAUGGUGGCCAAUGGCAUAUAACAGAUAUGAGAAGAGGAGAAAGUAUUUUUGAAUUAGACGCGUCGGCUCACGAAGAAGUCGAGCAAGGUUUUGAAUCGCAAGGUUCAAAUUUAAGUGGGGUAAGCGCCCGAUGUUCCUGGAGCGACCAAGACUUCACAAAAUCCAAAAAACUCUUUGAAACCGAUAAUGAACCCGCCACCGAUCAUCAUCUCCAACAAAAAGCCAAUUUUCUCAUUCGAAGCUCGAAUUUCGAUAACAAAACACCGCCCCCAAACGAAUCGACUGAACUUCAAUUUGUUAAAAAAUUUGAUGGGAUUCAUUUAAUUUUUAAUUUAGAAGCGGGAAAUUUACUUCCGUUUGCUAUUCGAGGUCGUGUUAAGCACGGGCGACAUUUUACGUUUAAAUCGAUUAUUAAUGAUAUUGCGAUCACUUUGGUUGCGCCAUCCGUUACUGGAACGAUGGUUGAUUCUGAGAAUCCUUAUGUUGCUAAAGGACCUUGGUUACAUGUUUUAAUCCCGGACGAUUUAGCGCAAGAUAUGGCGGUUACGUUUCAGGUUUUAACAAAACCUGAAUCUUUAGUACUUCCAAAAACGUUUACUUGGCCAGAAAAAAAGUUAAGCAUUACAAUAGUAGCUGAUAAUGUAUAAUUAUUUUAUCCCUUGAUUUAAGAGAGAUGAUUUUUUAAGAAGAGAAUCUUAAUUAACUUUAUUUCUUUUUUUUUUACAUUUUCCGUCCGUUUUUUAAUAAAAAUGCAGUUAGUCACAAAAGAACUAACUUCAAUUUACUUUUGUGACUAAUACGUUGGAUAUCAUACAAUUUUUUUUUCUUAAAUAUCCUCAAAUGUGCCUUAAUCUGAAUUUGAAAUCGAUUUAUUGAAAAUUGAUCUGUAUUAUAUGAUUAUUUAUUGUAAGAUUUUUUUUACAAAAUAUAUAUUUAUUAUAAAUCUACAUACUUAUUUAGAACUUAUACAAAAAAGUAUGGACUUUUUUAUCUUUGUAUAAGGAUAACAGCAAUAAUAAAGAGAUGAUUUUUAAGUA